AUGGAGGACGACAUGGCAAGUCACUACCAGAUGAUGGAAGAGCUGGGAAGUGGUAGCUUUGGAACAGUAUACAAAGCCAUUGACAAGGCUACGGGCGAGAUCGUAGCGAUCAAGCAUAUCGAUCUCGAGUCCAGCGAAGAUGAUAUCCAGGAGAUCCAGCAGGAGAUCUCGGUCCUUGCCACCUGCGCCAGUCCAUUCGUCACGCAAUACAAGGCUAGUUUUCUUCGAGGACAUAAGUUGUGGAUUGUCAUGGAAUUCCUCGGUGGAGGAUCGUGUCUGGACCUGCUCAAACCCGGAGUCUUCAACGAAGCACACGUCGCCAUUAUUUGCCAACAACUGCUACUCGGACUCGACUACCUGCACAGCGAAGGCAAGAUUCACCGCGACAUCAAAGCCGCAAAUGUACUUCUGUCGCACACGGGCAAAGUGAAGCUAGCGGAUUUCGGAGUUGCCGCGCAAUUGAUCAACAUUAAAUCCCAGCGCAACACAUUUGUCGGAACACCGUUCUGGAUGGCCCCGGAAGUCAUUCAACAGUCUGGGUAUGAUUAUAAGGCGGAUAUCUGGUCGCUCGGAAUUACCGCAAUCGAAAUGAUUAACGGCGAGCCACCCCAUGCGAGCACCCAUCCCAUGAAGGUGCUCUUCCUUAUUCCCAAAGAACCCGCCCCGCGCCUACAGGGAGAUCAGUACAGCAAUACCUUCAAGGACUUCAUCACACAGUGUUUGACCAAAGAUCCCGAUCGGCGACCGAGCGCGAAGGAGCUUCUACGGCACAAAUUCAUUCGCAAUGCGGGAAAAACGGAGGCGCUACAAGAGUUGAUUCACCGCAAGCAGGAUUUCGAUGCUGGACGAGGAGUGACCCACAAGAUUAAGUAUUAUGCGGAGUCGCUGAAUACUAUUCGGAACCUGAACGACGACGAUGGGUGGAUUUUCGACACCGUGAAAGCUUCUACAACGACUAUACGUGAAGUCGGAGACGAGGAGGAGAAUGAGCCAGAGCCAGAGCCAGAGCCACAGGAAGACUGGGUUUUCGACGAAACCGCCGACAUGAUGGACGACCUUUAUGUGUCCAGCCCUCCGUCAAAGCAUACGACCAACACUGCAGUACGACGAACUCAAGCUCCCGACCACAGCCCAUCAAUUCGACGGGCCAAGCGACGGUCGAGUGGAGUGAAGCAGCCUCUCGGAGUGGAUAUGAGUUUCGGCAACAGCCCAUCGACGGUGCGGCAGUUCCGUCGGGUGUCGGACAACAAGAGCCCCAGCGACGCAUCUUAUCCGCCGCAGUACCUUUUCGGAGGGGAUGAAAAUGCUAGUCCGAAGACGCUAUUCUCCGAGCCGAACAGCAAGGAAGCACAACUGGGGCGUCGGGCGUACAGCAAGGCGGUCGGGCUCGCCUGCCAGGAAGUGUUGGGGACCACGGGCGACCAAGAGAAGCGAGAAGCGAUCUCACGGCUGGCGGAGGCCUGGAGUGAUCUGGAGAUGGUCGAUCCCGAGGGACUCUAUCAUAUCCUCCGAGCGACGACGGAGAAGCUACAGAGUGACCCGAAGCUGGCCAGUCUCGUCCCACCCGCAGCUCCACCGGGCGAUUCCCCACAGAGGCCGCGACUGGUUUUGGCGCAGAGCAACCCACACCUCAAAUCCCACCGGCGCCGCCAGAGCGCCGCCGUGGCCGAGCCUAGCCUUCAACCCACCCAGCUUGCAAACCUCCCCGGGCAACAGGUGCCGGGGAUGGAACACACCAAGCAGUUGUCAGACGUGCUCUAUCAGCGUUGGUCCGAAGGCCUGCGCAAUCGAUGGCCCGGAAUCUAG